UGUUGCGGCGACGUUUACUACGAGAAGAAAGGCGGCCUGUUGGGCGACGACGACGAUGUCGAGGACCUCGAAGAUGCGGUCGUCACAGACUCGCCUCGCUCCAAGGACGCCGACUCGGCCAGGCACGGCUUCAAGUUGCUGAAGAGGCAGGGAGCGCCCGGGGGCCGACGGUCGCCGUUCGCGGCCGCGGACAAGGCAGGCUCCUCCUCCAAGAAACUGUGCGUCCAGAACUGGCUCACCAGCAGCGGCCCCAAGUCACAGUGCUCCGACUCCCUCCUCUCCAGCAACAGCUCCAGCCAGGGGCCCGGCGCCAGGGAGCCAGAGUUCGGCCCCGACCCCCAGUCUUCGGACGCCUACCACAGCAGGGCUGAGAGCUUCGACUCCUCCACCCAGGUUAGCCAGUCGGAGUCCGGCCUGUCCAUGCAGUUCACGCCCAAGGACGAGCCCGUCGAGGCGGCCUUCCCUCAGGAGGGCCCGUCCAGCCGACUCAGGAGCGCCAGCCACAGGCAAGAAGACUCCAGGGAGAGGGCCUUGCUGAGGGGGGGCAGCAGCUCGGGGGCCAACGUGGUGUGCGGGCUGAGCUCCGCGCCCCUGGCGGACGUCCUGGAGGACUCUCCCUUCGAGGAGAGCGCCACGCACUCCAGCGCCGUGUCCUUCACGGACUACAGGGACUCGCUGGGCAACCGCGUGGGCGGGCGGCAGCGCAAGUCGUACAGCGUGUCCAGCGAGAUAGAGGUGGACGACGCGCCGCCCAGCAGCCGGCACGCGGCCAGGCGGAUGCAGCGGUCGGCGUCCGCGUCGGCUUCGGCGUUGGCGACGACGUCCAGGUCCGCGUCCGGGGAGGCGUCCAUGAUGCGGAAGUCGUCGAGCGGGUCGCUGAUGGACAAGCUGAGGCGGAAGAUCUCGCUGUCGCACUCCCGGAGGAGCUCUAUGGGAUCCACCCCGCGCAAGGAGCCACGGGAGGGCGUGAGAGAAUUCGGAUGCUUCGCUUUCCUGUCGCCCAGGACGCCCAGAAGGGGGGCGAGUGGUUAA